GACGCCGGCGCGGCUGUAUAUCCAAAAUGGCACAAACACAAUUAAUCCUCCUGCCGGCGGACAUCAUGGAAUCCCAAUUAUCCACAGUCGACCUCCUCACGGCCAUGUUCCCAUCUCCAGGAGAGCUUGACAUUCCAGAAUCCACAACUCAAUGCAUUGAAAAACUCCGGGAUUCGUGCCAAGAUCCAGCCUCGGAGCCUACAGGAAUCCCCUCAAGCCUAUUGCUCGCUGUAUGUUUACCAAUUGCAGAUGGUGAGAAGAAGAUCCAAGUCAACAUCUCAAUUCCAUUGCAAUGCGAGGAUCCGGCGAUUGACCAACCACCAUCAAUAAAUUACUCGCUACGACAACCAGAAUGGAUGUCCAAAGCCGAGGUUGCUGGGUUAGUUACCGCAAUGCCCCAGGGUGACCUGUUCGGUGCAUUUGAAUACAUCCAAGAAGAAGCCCUCCGCUUUCUUGAAACCCAGCAGCAGGCUUUGACCUCCGAGACCGAGGCCAUCACAGAUAAAAGUGGACCAAUCGUGAGAGUAUGGUUUUAUUUUCCGUCGCUAUCGACUCGGGAAAAGAGGGAUGAUAUGGUCAACAACGCACCAGGGUAUUCGCUCACAGGGUUUGUGUUGGCGGGUAAACCGGGCGUGUUGUGUCUGGAGGGUGCGUCGGUGGAUGUUGAUGCUUAUAUGAGUUUCAUUAAGACACAUUCGUGGGGGGAUAUCCCCAGUCAUCAGAAAAAAGUCAGCGAGAGAUUUCGCGAGACUGAAGUUCAGAGGGUGUUCUCGAGGAUGGAGGAGAUUACGGAUUCUCUGGGUGAACGAGGGGGGAAGAGGGCUAAUAGGGGUGAUAUGCAGGCUUUGGAGGCGUGGUUGCAGGAUAGAGGGUUGCAAGAAGCAUUUGACAACGUGAUAUUUUAAGUGCGUGGAGUCACGAUGAAUGUAUCGUUCUCUUGUAAAUAAUUGGUAGAGAGUACUAAUUCCUGUAUAUAUAGAGAACACGGCUUGAACGCUGCCCUCUGACAUAAAAUGCUGCCUUGCUGAAUUUUAAGCAGCAAAACAAAAGGCAAAAAAAUGCUCG